GCCGCUCUCCUGACCGUAUAUGUACUCCACUCAUCCUCAGAACGUCUAUGGGCGGCAGCCUGGAGCAAGCGCUUGCGAAGGAAGCUGCGAAGAGGUUUCCAGGUUUCCAGAGGAGGCCUGAACUGUGGGGGGACGGUACCGGGUGAUGGAGCCUCUACAUCCACGAUUGCGUGGAUACGUCAAUCCUUUUACUCCAUUCAUCUCACCCUCAUCAAGUGAAGUUCAAGACAUGUGUGUUCCAAGAGACAAUUUGUCCGCAACCUGUUACUGCAACUGGUGUCGGGUUCUCGCCUUCAGCUGUCAAUCAGAACGAGGAGUUUGUCGGGAGCUGAGAGUGGCACGACUUGCACUGGGGGUGAAAAGCAGGAGAUAAACGUCCAUCUGCGGAGGUGCGUUUAGUCCACAGUUCCGUGUUGCUGAUAACUAACAAAGUUGAAAACUCUGGGCAGGACGAAAUUUUCGAGCAAUGUCUUUCCUUCGAAAUUUCGGCUAAAACUCUGAGGAAAUGAACGUUUGAACACUCGCCGACGUUGGAGUUGGCGCGGAGUUGGAUAUUAUGAAGGGCGCUCCUACUACAGAACCGCUGGAUGGUACAAAUCUCGGAGGAGAAUAGCUGUGAUAGCAAUCUCGAACAAGGAAUCUCUGCCACUCGCAAUCGCGCACAAACUUCUACACGAUUCGACUAUAUUCCGUAUCUGCUCCAUCCGUUGACAACGAUUAUCACUGAUCACGGACGCAUGUUCCCCAAACAGCUGCUGGUAGUAAUCGGUCGUAGACCGGGGGCAUCGGUUCUCCACGCGCCAACAACUGUAGAUGUCCUGAAUCUUCCUUCCAACAUACCUCCUCAAUCUCGGAACUGUCCACCCUUUCUCUCGCUCUACGCCCUCUGCGUUCCUCCAAGCUUUUCCACAAAGUCCAGCUACUCACGUUCAGCGUUAGCGCUACUCACCAAAAGUCUUCGCAACCGUAUCUCCGUCCCUCAUCCUAUAAUUUAA